GAAGGAAUCUCCCAAACUGUUUCUUUCUCACUUUCUCCAGCUUUUCUCUUCCUCUGCAACAUAAUUUCCCGUAGGGAUUCAAGAUACUCGAAUUUAAUCAUCAGAACCCCCAUUUUAUAGACCCCAAGUGAUCUUGUUUACGACUUCAACUUGGGAUUCCCUUAAUCGGAUCGUAGAAGAUGUCACGGCCUCGGGUCACCAUCACCUUGGGGCGCUCCGGUCAGGUGGUGGAGAGAGGAUGCAAUGUUGUUGGGGAUUCCGGCAGAGUAAGCAAAAGAUCCAUGGUACGUAAUGGUGUUGGUGGCAUGAUGCUCAAUGGGAAAAGGCAGCAAGGAGCUAGUGCUAAAUGGGGUUUAGGUGUCAAUAGACGGGAAGGUGGUAUUGCAAAAAAUGAUCUUCGACACAAGUUGUUGCGCAAACGCCAGCAGGUUCAGGGUGUUAUCAAAGAACGUAACAAGAGAGAACUACAUGAGAAGCAUUCUAAAUCUGUUAUUCCACCAGCAAAUCUUGACAUGCUGCCAUCCAUGUCUGAAUUCAAUAGAAGUACCCAUUUGAAGCAAAUUCCCACUCGUGGAACUGCUAAUGAUUUGCAUCCAGGGGACUUGUUGAGGAAAUCUAUCCCAUCUCACACAAUGACUGGAACAAGAGGUAGAUCACCUGAAAGAAUUUUGAGGAAUUCUUCAGCACUCUUGCCCCCUGCAAGUUUUGAUGGGAUGUGGCAAAGAGUACCGACUGGAAGGGAUACCAAUGCUCCAAGAGCUGGAUUUUAUUCAAGCAUCACAAAUAUUGAUGCUUCUAGGCAUUCAGGCCUUGCUUCUGCAACAGUGAAAGCCAUCCCUGAAACUGCCAGGCCAGUUGCACGAGUUGUACCCUCAAGGGGCAUGAUUCAGAGAGGUUCAUUUGGGAUAGAGGAACUACCUGCUGUUCCUGACUUUUUGCAUUCACUUGGUUUGGAAAAAUAUAUUACCUCUUUUCAGCGUGAAGAAGUGGACAUGACCGCGUUGAAGCAGAUGGGAGAUAAGGAUCUUAAAGACAUGGGUCUACCAAUGGUACUGUCACUGAACUCUUUUUUACCCCUAAUCAAUCUCCAAAAUAUUAUUAUGUCUGUAUAUCUCAAUGCUAUACAUGUCUUAUUUGCAUCUGCUGAGUAGCUCUAACACUUAUUAUAUUUUUACCCGUCUCUUUCUAAAUGAUACAUCAUAAGAUUAUCUGAUUGUAAAGCAACUUCAAUGAGGAUAGACAGAGAAAAUAUAGGAAAAGAGAAAAGAAACAUAUCAUCCGAAAACAUGUACUUGUCAAAGAACCAUUUGAUGAUGGCAAAUUGAAAUUAGUUAAUAGCAGCUCCUUAUGAAGCUGUAAGAUGAGAGAGCAUAAUGCAUACCAUUUGGGAUAAAUUUUGCUUGAGACAUUCUAGCCCCAGUUUUGGGCCUUAUGUUGCUAUUCUGUUUCUUGUGUUUGAUAUCUGUGUAUGUCUUUCUUGAUUAUGCUAAAUUAAAUUAAGGGCAGUAUC